UCAGGCGGUGGCUUGCAGGCUUUGCACGGUGUCCAUGCAAUCUGUCUGAGCCGCGGAUAUCCCAGCCUGGCUGUCAGUGAAUGAGAUAAGUGGAUCAGCGCGGCCCUCCCCCAGGACUAGUAAUCCGCUGUCAGUGUGCCGCCCGGGCUCAGCACGGCUCCCUGUACCGGCUGGGCUCUCACUGACUGUCCACCAUGUACCGCAAGCAGCGGGGAGCUCCCCCAGGGAGCUCUGCCCACUCUGACACCCUGGGACACACAGGGGAGGACGGAGACAGGAAAAUCAACAAGUUUCAAAUAAACAAACUAAGAAACUUGACUGAUGAUGUGUUGGAUAGAUUUUCCAGCAUCCGGAUACCUGGAAGCAAAAAGGAAAGACCACAUCUGAAUUACAUGAAGUCUUCCAGCACUUGCAGUGAAUGGGCUGCUUCAUCAGAAGGUGACGAAUUUCCUCAAAAACAGUUGUCUGAUAAGGAUGUUCUGUCUCUAUUUGAGAAGAUGAUGGAGGAUAUGAAUUUAAAUGAAGACCGUAAAGCACCUUUGAGAGAAAAAGACUUUGCUACUAAGAAAGAAAUGGUCAUGCAGUAUAUUAGCACAGCUUCAAAAGCAGGAAGUCUUCGGAGCAGCAGACAGAUUUCACCACAGGAAUUUAUUCAUGAACUCAAAUCUGGGGCUACAGAUGAAAGACUUGUCUCCUAUUUAGAUUCCCUCCGGGUUUCUCUGACCAGCAAUCCUGUCAGUUGGGUGGAAAGCUUUGGAUAUGAUGGGCUGGGUUUGUUGCUUGAUAUUCUGGAACGUAUGGUGGAUAGAAAAAGCCAUGAAAAAAUAGAAAAACGGAUACAGCACAAAGUCGUACAAUGCCUGAAAGCAUUCAUGAACAACAAGUAUGGCUUAGAGAGAAUUAUGGGAGAAGAAAGGAGUCUUUCUUUGUUGGCUAAAGCCAUGGAUCCUAAGCAGGCAAAUAUGAUGACCGACGUGGUUAAAUUGUUGUCUGCAAUAUGCAUUGUUGGAGAAGAAAACAUUCUUGAAAAGGUAUUGGAAGCCAUAACUACAGCUGCAGAAGAAAGGAGAAUUAUCAGAUUCAGCCCAAUUGUGGAAGGUCUUAAUCAUAAUUUAGUCCAACUACAGGUCGCUUGUAUGCAGCUUAUCAAUGCUCUUGUAACAUCGCCUGAUGAUCUGGACUUGAGGCUUCACAUCAGAAAUGAAUUUAUGCGCUGUGGAUUGAAGGAGAUAUUGCCACAAAUGAAGCUCAUAAAAAAUGAUGCUUUGGACAUCCAGCUAAGAGUAUUUGACGAACACAAGGAAGAAGACAUGAUAGAGUUUUCCCACCGUCUUGAUGAUGUCCGAUCCGAAAUGGAUGAUGCUAGUGAUGUUUUCAAUUUGGUGUGGAAUUCAGUUAAGGACACAAGCGCCGGUGGUUACUUCCUUUCACUUCUUCAACAUCUCUUAAUAAUCAGAAAUGAUUAUUUUGCAAGGCCGCAAUAUUUCAAAAUAAUUGAAGAGUGUGUGUCUCAAAUUGUUCUGCAUCGAAGCGGUGUUGAUCCUGAUUUUACCUAUAGGAAAAGAUUAGACAUUGAUUUUAGUUACAUACUUGAUGUCUGUAUUGACAAAGCUAAAUCUGAAGAAUUUGAAGAGCAAUAUUUAGAAAUUAGCAAAAAAUAUGAAGAAGAAUUUACACUUCGCCAGGAGAUCCAGUCACAACUGCAGAAAAAUGAAGACAAAAUCAAUGAACUUCAAGCAGAAUUACAGGCUUUUAAAUCCCAGUAUGGAACAGCACUGCUUGGACCUGAAGUUGUAAGACAAGGACACGGUGCUUCUGGUGAAUCUGCAAUAUCUACAGGAAUACCAACUCCACCAUCAUGUGGAAUUGCUCCUCCCCCACCACCCCCUCCUCCUCCCCCUCCUCCUCCGCCACCGCCGCCUCCUCCAUUGGGUGCACCUCCACUUCCUGGGUUUGGUGGCCCACGUUCUCCUCCUAUUCAUGCACUUCCUUUUGGCUUAAAACCUAAAAGAGAAUUCAAGCCAGAUGUUGGAAUGAAGAGACUUAACUGGUCAAAGAUUAGACCUAAUGAUAUGACAGAAAACUGUUUCUGGAUAAUUGCGAAAGAAGAUAGAUAUGAAGAUACAGAUUUAUUCUUUCAACUUGAAAAUGUAUUCUCGUGUCAAAGAAAAGUAAAGAAAGAUGAAGAGCUUGAAGAUAACAUUUGUACUAAGAAACGCAUAAAGGAACUCAAGGUGUUGGAACCUAAAAUUGCCCAAAAUCUGUCUAUUUUCUUGGGUUCAUAUCGAUUGCCUUACGAUGAAAUAAAAAGAAUUAUAUUGGAAAUUGAUGAAACACAGCUAUCAGAAUCCAUGGUUCAGCAUUUAAUAAAACAUAUGCCAGAACAAACACAGCUGAAUGCUUUGGCAAAACUCAAAGUGGAUUAUGUGAGUCUUUGUGAACCAGAACAGUUUGGUGUUGUGAUGAGCAGCGUGAAGAAGCUGAUUCCACGUCUCAACUCAAUUCUAUUUCGACUUCAAUUUGAGGAGCAAGUAAACAACAUCAAACCAGAUAUUAUGGCUGUCAGUGAAGCAUGUGAAGAGAUAAAGAAAAGCAAACGCUUUAGUAAAUUGUUAGAGAUUGUAUUGCUCAUAGGAAACUACAUGAAUGCUGGCUCUCGGAAUGCACAAACCUUUGGCUUUGACCUAAGCUCUCUUUGCAAACUGAAAGACACCAAGUCUGCAGAUCAAAAAACCACACUAAUCCAUUUCUUGGCAGAAGUAUGUGAAAAGAAAUUUCCUGAUGUCCCGAAUUUUGUUGAAGACCUACAAACUGUAGACAAAGCAAGUAAAGUGUCUGCAGAGAAUCUUGAGAAGACAAUGAAGCAAAUGGAUCGGCAGCUCCAACAGCUUGAAAAAGAUUUGGAGACCUUUGCCCUCUCUCAAGAUGAACAUGACAAGUUUGUGACAAAGAUGAGUGGUUUUGCAUCCUGCGCAAAAGAACAAUUUAGGAAAAUUUCUCGAAUGUUUGAGAAUAUGGAGAAACUGUACCAGAAUAUUUUGGAGUACUAUGCACUUGAUCCAAAGAAGGUUACUGUGGAAGAUUUUUUCACGGAUUUGAAUAACUUCAGGACAUUGUUCAUGCAAGCUACUAAAGAGAAUAUCAGAAGGAAAGAAACUGAAGAAAAGCAGAAGCGUGUCAGGAUGGCCAAAGAAGCGUCCGAGAAGGAGAAAUUGGAAAGACAGCAGAAGAAGAAACAUUUGCUAGAAAAGAACAGGGAGGGUGAGGAGACUGGCGUGAUGGAUAGCCUGCUAGAGGCCUUGCAGUCUGGAGCUGCUUUCAGAGACAGGAGAAAAAGAACACCGAGACCUAAAGACAAGCAGGAAAAUCUGAGUCCAACUUCUGAAAGGCCUAUUCUAAAGGCUUGUAACCAUGAAAACCUGAAACCUCAGUUUGAAAGGUCACGGUCCCGACCAAAUAUCCACUCAAACCAAUCAAGGGUUCCAGUUGCUAAGGAACUCAUUUAUGAGUCAGAAGCACAUUCCUCCAUAACAAGAAGCAAGGCUGCUGGUAAAAAAGAAACUUUUGCUCCAGAAUCCAACCGAGAUAAAGGAAAAGGUCAUGGCCCAGCUCAAAAAACAGAGUCUAUUCCUGAAGUUGAGGCUCUCCUUGCAAGGCUGCGCGCCCUGUGAUAGUGUCUAAUUGCUCAGUCAUUUUCUCCAACAAUAGAUAGCAUGUCAAGUGGAAACUCAAAAUCUUUUUACCAAACAACUUUAGAUUUCGUGAGACUCCAUUGCCUCCAAACUGUAUUUAUGCAUACGAUAUGAAUUAGACAUUAUCAGACUGUAACCUUAUUCUUACAUAAUAUUUUGUAUUGGAAAUGUUCAAUGAAAUCGUGACCACCUUGCUUUGUUCCACCACAUAUGCAUAUGCACCAGCUCUCAAGUUUCAUAUGCAUUCUUAAGGCAUCAGCUAUUCUUUGACAGUACCACAUUUUCCAACAAUGAUCAAGGAAGAUGUAUGCCAAAAGCAUUGUAUUAAAGGCGUCCUUGUUAGCAGAGCAUUUUGGUAAAAGAAAGUUUAUAAUAAUAAUUAGAAUGUAUUUUAGAAAAA